AUGGGCCGCGUGCUUCGCCUGGCGGACCUGCUCUGGAGCAUCACGCGCUACCAGGACGGCUGCACGCCCGACACGCUCGCGGUGCUGCGCCGCCUCCGCGCUGCGUACGCGACCAAGGACGCCUGCUACUACAACGACCCGGACGACCUCGCCGACGCCUUUGCGAGCUGGCGCGCGCGACGGGGCACCCACGGGCUCGACGUCCUCUGCGACAAGGGCUACGACCGCCACCUCUUUUGCUACGCGCUGCGCAUCGGCGACGUGGGCUUGGCGACGUACGUGAUGACGAAGCGCGCGAUCGCGCUGGACGAGCUGCAUUGGCUCCUCGCGGCCAAGUACGGGCACGUCGCAGUGCUCGAGUAUCUCUACAGCCAGCGCGACGCACUGCCGCUCUUGCCGUCGUCGCUGCUGAGCGAAGCGGCGCGAUGGGGUCACUUGCCGUUGGUGCGCUACCUCCACGAGAAGGGGCUGGACGCGACGCACGUCUUGUACUGCGCUGUCAUGCACGGCCAUGUGCACGUGGCGCAGUACGCCCAUGCGGAGCGUCUCGGGCAGUGGUACCCGAGCCUCGUCACGACCGUCGUCUCCAAGGGCGACACCGCCAUGCUUGCCUUCGUCCUAUCGCACGGCUACGCCGGCGUGACACCGCGGUCCGUCGUGAUCGCUGCCAAGUUUGGCCACUUGGCGCUCGUGCAGAUGCUGUAUGCGCAGGCGGACGAUGCUGCGUUCGAGGAGGCGCUCUUCAAGGCCUCAUGGCACGGCCAUCUGCACGUGGUCAAGUGGCUCGACUCGCAGCGACUCGAGUGUGAAGUCCCGCACCGGAUUCUGGACGAAGCCAAGAUGCCGCUGGACGUGAUGAACGACCCGACGCGCGCGACGGGCCUGCGCUGCCACCCGAUCCACACGCCGCGCCUCGCCGCCCACGAGCCCCGUGCGACCAUACGACACGUCUUCGACUAA